AUGAAAGAAAAGAAGGAAAAACUUGAGGAGAAAACAGUCCACAAAGAAAAGAAGAAGGAGAUAGUAGAGGAUGAGGAGAAUGGAGCAGAAGAGGAUGAGGAAGAGAAUCCUGAUGAUGUGGAUGAAGAAGAAGGUGGUGAUGAGGAUGAAGAAGGAGAUGAGAACGGGCAGGAGCAGGAUGGUCAUGCAGAAAAACGAUCUGCAGAGGAGGAAGAGGAUGAAGUGGAUCCAAAGAGACAGAAGACAGAAAACGGGUCUUCAGCUUGAGUCCUCCCCUCCCAUCUCCUCUAUUCCGUCCAUCUCUCCUCCUCCAUUCCAGCCUGUGCUUGCACUGUCCGUUAGCCUCUGGCUUCACACAAUCUCAGAUGAGGAAAGAUUAGAAAUGCUCUCAAACAGGGAAGACAGCAGUUUCCUUCUCACCCGAAGAUCUGUGACGUUCCCCAGCUGAAAUUAUUCCAGUCCCCUGCAUCCUUUCAGCU